AUGUCUUACCAGCAACAGCAGUGCAAGCAACCCUGCCAGCCACCUCCUGUGGUGUGCCGAUCUAAGUGCCCUGAGCCAUGUCCACCCCCAAAGUGCCCACCUCAGCCAUGCCAGCAGAAAUGCCCUCCUGCACAGAUAUACCCACCCUGUCAGCCAAAGUGCCCACCUAAGAGCAAGUGA